AAAGGAGAGAGAGAAAAAAAAGGGAAAAAAAAUCAGGAUCUCAUUACUAGAGCAACAGAGCGUCUGCAGAAGACUGUCAGCAUGGAGAACCGGGGGAUUUUACCCAGCUCCCUCUAAAGUACCAGGAGAGAGCGGAAAAGUCUCUCAGCCGCUGGGUAUGGAGAGUGCAAUCACACUGUGGCAGUUCCUUUUGCAGUUGCUGCUAGACCAGAAACAUGAGCACCUGAUUUGCUGGACGUCUAAUGAUGGCGAAUUCAAGCUACUCAAGGCAGAAGAAGUGGCUAAGCUGUGGGGACUCAGAAAAAACAAAACUAAUAUGAAUUAUGACAAGCUGAGCCGAGCGCUCAGAUACUAUUAUGACAAGAACAUCAUCAAGAAAGUGAUCGGACAAAAAUUUGUAUACAAGUUUGUCUCCUUUCCUGAGAUUUUAAAAAUGGAUCCACAUGCUGUGGAAAUCAGCAGAGAGAGCCUUUUGCUGCAGGACAGCGACUGUAAGAUGCCUUCCGAGAGCAGGGAUCAGCACAAGCACAGCUUGUCAGCACUGAAAAGCACAAGCCGUAAUGAAUAUAUCCACUCUGGCCUGUACUCCUCCUUCACUAUCAACUCUCUGCAGAAUCAGCCAGACCCUUACAAGCCAAUCAAAACAGAAAAACUGGAGGAGAAUUCAGAAGGAAACACACCAGUCGAAGAAGUUCGGACUGUUAUCAGAUUUGUGACAAACAAAACAGACAAACAAGUUACGAGGCCUGUGGUGUCAUUGCCUUCUACUUCUGAAACAGCAGCUGCCUCUGCUUUCCUCAGCUCUUCAGUAUCAGCUAAAAUAUCUUCCUUAAUGCUACCCAACAGUGCCAGCAUUUCAUCUCCAUCGUCCUCUUCCUCCAGGUCCCCUUCUCUGUCUCCCACCUCACCCCUCCCUGCAGAACACAGGAGCUUCUUCCUUGAGUCCAGCUGCCACGACUCAGAUUCCCUUGAGCCUCUGAACCUCUCCUCAGGCUCCAAGGCAAAAUCUCCAUCUCUUCCCCCAAAGGCUAAAAAACCCAAAGGCUUGGAAAUUUCUGCCCCACCUAUGGUUCUCUCCAGCACCGACAUUGGCUCCAUCGCCCUCAACAGCCCUGCGCUUCCUUCGGGAUCCCUGACUCCAGCUUUCUUCACUGCACAGACCCCCAGUGGAUUGUUGCUGACCCCCAGCCCGCUGCUGUCUAGCAUUCAUUUCUGGAGCAGCCUCAGUCCUGUUGCUCCUCUGAGUCCUGCCAGGCUGCAGGGACCAAACACUCUGUUCCAGUUUCCAACUCUGCUAAAUGGUCACAUACCAGUGCCACUCCCCAGUCUGGACAGAGCCUCUUCACCAGUACUGCUUUCUCCAAAUGCUCAGAAAUCCUGAUGAUGCCUCAUCACACCAAAGAUGUAUUGGUGGAUUUAACACUUCAUUCCUAUGGGCUAGUUUUUCCUGUGUUAUGAGAAGGACAUUGUGAAACCCUUUAUUACUUUGGUUUGCACUUUUCAUUACAUGGAUAAUCUACUUUUAUUAUGUUAGCAUUUUUCAACAGUGUUUAUAUAUAAAAGUAUAUAUAAAUCUGUUAUGCAUUAAAUGAAUUAUAAUUUUUUUUAUAUCAUAGCUCUCAAGUGUUGAACACUUCUGUUGUUGAUGAAGUACUUUUCUUAAUGUUUUGCAACAAUGUAUCUAAUAGGGAUGUGAAGCUUCUUUUUAAUCCCUUUUUCUGCAUAUUAUGCAUUGUGCUUGUGUAAACUAUAACCGGCUGUGCCUUCUUUUGCAUAAAGUCAUGUAAAUGAUUUAUAUAUUUUCUAGUAUUAAGAUAAAAAGUUGAAAGAAAAAAAACUAGUAUUGAACAGCCCUAUGAUAGUAUUUCAGUAUUUUCUCCACGGAUAGGCCAUAUGAUGCAGUGUAUUAAUGUAACUUUGUAUUAAGUGCUUUCAAAUUGUAUAAAAAUAGCCUUAUAAUUUUUGUUUGCUGAAGAAACGAAAAAAUGUAAUCCAUGUUACAGUCAGGAGAUGUAGUUAGGAGUAACAAAGCCACAUUUACACAUUCAUGCCCAAGUUCUUCUGGCGAGUUUGCAAGAGGGAAGAACUGGGCUGUGUAUGUUCGAAAUAUUUCCAGCAUUGGAGAAUACUUCUGUAGAAAGCAGACAUUGCUCAAAAUUAUUUGGCCUAUACUUCUUAUGAACUGUCAGCAGCUGGAAAGACUGCAGGUAACCUGUGUCAUCCUAGGGAAUGAGGAUCAUUCCUGAUAGAGAAUUUCCAGGUGCUUUGUUCAGCUAUGCCAAGUGCCUUCUACUGCUUCCCUGGAAAGAUUAUUGUAGCUACUCAAGCUCAGAAGGUCACAUUUCCCCUUCCCCCAAAGCUGGAAAAGUUACAGCUCUGUAAAUUAAUGCCUGGUGCUUGCAAAGAGGCAGAGACUGUAAAUGUGGGAUGUUUAUGUAUAAACAGCUGAAUUCUGGACGAAAAAACAGCACUGUGUUACUAUAUAUUUGCAACUUGAACUUUCUGGGUAUGUUCUCUGCCUUGAGGUGAUGGCUUAGUCAUCUAAAUGUCAGGUUAGGAUUAGGCCAGACUCCCUGGCACCACAGAUUCUAAUCUUGGCAGGUCUGAUGCAAAUCUUCAUUUUUCUGAGGUGGCUAAAUUGGGCUGAAUGCAGCUUUACCGUGUAGGUUUUUCAGAUGAGACCUUCAAAAACCAAACCAAAAUCAGAAUCCUGUUUGCGACAGGUCAUUAAAGCCUCUACUUUGCUUUCUGGCCAAAAGACCAGUCCUUUUGAAAUGUAUGCAGUGAGUUGUCUGCUGAUUUUCUGCUUGGAUGCAUUUCAGUGAUGAUGUGUGUAGUUAAUUGUAAAGUGCUUUUGGAUCCUUCAACCUGAAAGGUGCUAAAUAAACAUUUUAUUAAUGCAGUUCUGAUGUUGAAAAGCCAUUUUUGGGGCAGAGGUGGUCUGACAAAAGACAGCAAGAAUUUUCCUCAGGCGCCUGGAUUGCACAAUCAAAAAUGACUCCUCAGUUCCACUUGCAGUAAUUAACAGGAUAAAAAGUUGCUGUAUCUCUAUGAAGUACCAGAUGAUAAACAGAGCAAUUAGAUGCAAGACAUGGGGAGAACGGAUGAAAUGCUUGGAAGUCAUUUGCUCCAUUCAGCAUUUUAAGAGCUCCAAGUCGUACCACCCCACGGGGUCAAAACCAGAAGAUGAACCGACACAAAAUUUAUGAGUGAGGGCAAAUUUCAUACAAAGGGAAAUCAGAAUAGGUUGGAAGAAAGGGCAGAACGUAACUGAUGGGAUUGACUAGGCUAGUGGAGAUAAAUCACAAGGGCUCACAGAUCAAACAUUUCUCUUCCAAUGCUCUCAGGUACAUGGAGUAUUUUUCAAUAACUAAGCUACAGGGAGGCAAAUAUUUCACACUCUAAAGCCAACUCUUGCCUCAUUUUUAAAGAAGCAUACAUACCUACUUACAGGUAUAAGGCAUGAGCAGCAAUUAAGAGUCCUGCCUUGUACCAGCCGGUACAGCCAAUAGGAGAAUACAGCAUAGAGAUGGAGUGUUUCUCACUGUGAGUUCAAAAAGUGAAGGCAGAUAUUCCUGAACACUUAAAUAUCAAAUAUCACACUGCAAAAAAACCAGAUAAACAUGAGAGUAGGAAGUAUGUGACAGAGAAGAGAUUCUUAAGAGGCGUCCAGAUUCUCAUGAUUUCAUUUCUUCCAAGGUUUUACUAUUAAGAAGGCAGAUUCUUUUCUUUUCAAAAGUCUCAACACACCCACACCUUCCCUCCUACCUUCCUGCUUCUUGAGUGAUUUUGGAUUUCUUUAAAAUAUAACAGGAAACAGCAGUUCUGGGGAAAAAAAUCCUAUUUCAACAAAUUAUUUUAAAGGAUCUCAGAGAAUCCAGUAAAAUUUAAUGGAAGACACAGAGCAACUGGGAAGCAGUGCUGUCUUCUUCUCUUUCUUUGAGAGAAUGAAAAUAGCAAAAGAACACAUCUUUUGCUAAUUAACUUUUCAAUUAAAA